GUGAGCCGAGAUGGCGCCGCUGCUGCUGCUGCUGCUCCUUCUGGCCGACCUGCUCAGGUCAGGUGAGGGGUCCUCCCUCACACACACAUCCCGUACCAGGAACCCCGUCCAAACAAUGGGGUCUCCCUGGAUUGCAUCCCGCGUCACUUCCUGUUGUGGGCCAGGGAAUCCCUGGACCUGCACUCGACACCCGACAUUCCCCCUCCUGCCUGGGGAAACCCGGUUCCUACCAUCCACCGCUGAGUCCUCGAUGAUCCACCGACAUCUGUGGACCCACAAUCGAGGUCCCUGGGGAGACCAACCACCUGCACAACCCCUGACCCAACCGCCCGGCUUCCAGCCCCCGUGGAUCCACCAGCAGUGCUGGGACAACACACACCGGUCCUCGGAAGACAGCCUGUGUGCACCACGGCUAUCAAUACUGUGCACUCUCAAGACGCCAAUACAUCGGCAGCUGCAGACCAACAAUCGGCGAGGCUUGGACCACACACUCCCUGUGGAACCAAUGUGUCAACCACACAACUUCAAGCCGCCACCGAUCAUCCUGAAGACAUGGACUGACGAUCAGUGUCCUUUGGGUGACUUUCACUGUGCUCAGGUUUUCUCACAAUUUAACACCUUUCAUCCACCACCAAUCCACCGGCAGCCUCGCACCCGCACACGUCAACGCUUGGACGCCCUCCCACCUGAAGAACCUCUGGUCCAAGCCUCCAUCACUGAGCCCCAACAGAUCCACCAGCAGCCGUUGUUCCAGACCCAAUUCCCCUUGGACCCCCUCCUCCUUCCAGAUCCCCUGUCCCAAGAGUCCUUUGAGCCCGCAGAGACCCACUGGCAGCCAGAGACCUGUGAUCGAUACCACAUGGAACUCCUCCCACCUCUGGAACCCUCAUCACAAUCCUCCAUCUUCCUGCCACUGCUGCUCCAAUGGAAAAAGGAUACCCAGAUUUCUGGGGACACCUGCCUGCUGAAGAACCCAGGACAAGGUGACCUAGUUAAUAUUGAUGGUUUAGGGACCAGGUUUGAGGCACUGGCAGAAGCCAGAAGUGUUCACAGUGCAGUUCUGCCUCUGAGUCACCCCGCACAGGGGAUGGCAUUCCCAUGGCCAGAAGACCUUGGCCUGGGGACUGAGUCCAAGCUGCUGUCCUUGCCCUGGACCUUCUGCGGAGCCCUUUUGUUCAUCGGCGUUCUCUUGCUGAAAGCAUGGAAAGGAUGGCGAGGUCAUGAAUAUCAGGUGGACCUGGAGUUGCGAGAGAUCUGCAAAACCAGAAAGCUUGUAGGAAAGUCAUUGUUGGACUGUGAGGAAGCACUUGAUCACCUGGAGUUGAACGCUAGGGUAACCAUGAGCGUUAUUGCCAAUCUGUUGGAGGAAGUCUCUGAGUUAAAUGAUGCACUCAGAGUGUGGGAGCUGGAACACUUAAGGAUUUAAACGUCUCCCUCACUCAGCCUGAACAUCCUCAAGCCCUGGGAUUCCUCUGGAACUUGUUCCCAAUUCUUACCACCUGCUAAUGGGCUGAAGGAGAACUGCACCUCGAGGAUGUUGUUUAAAUCCUGUCCUUCCUGGGUCACCAAGCUGAGAAGGGAAAUUGGCAGCAACCAUUUGUUUUCUUGCUCACACACUCUGCAUCUUUCAGCUCAGAGACCUCCUUCCAAAGAUUGCCAGUAACACUCAUGGUUCCUUUAGAAUUUGUCUUUUUGUUUUCAAGUGCUUCCUCACAGUUAAAAAUGACUGACGUACAAGCUUUCUGGUUUGGGAGAACUCUUGCAACUCCAAGUCCAUCUGCUUUUCAUGAACUCACAAUCCUUUACACUCUGAAGAAGACAACUGGGUCAGAGUAUGGACUCUGCUCUGAGAGCUCUGGGUAUUCUUCAGGCCUCAAAACUGAGCCAUAGACCAUCAAUGCCCCUUGUCCAGUAUCAGCACCCUCAACCUUCAUGGCCAAAUCCAAAUCUGGCCCUUCCAUUGGAAGUUGCAUUCCAGCCUGAGCUAGUGGUUUGGAUUUAUCAUUUGUGGGUAGAAGAGAAAAGACCCAUGGGGGAAGAUUAAAUUGUGUUAUAACCAUCUCUAUGUUGUGACCACCAUGAGAAGGAUCAUCAUCAGGACCUUGAAAAACAAGCCUGAAUGAGGGGGGAACCUGAAGAUAACAAGAAGAUGCUGCCCAAA